AUGGGUGAUCGUGACUUGCUGGCGGCCGUGUGUGUGAUCGAGGUGCGCGGCUGGGGUGAGAUCUGCGAGGUGAUUGAGCUGGCGGGGCAGUGCAGCUGCUGCCAGCUGCCUUUGAGGCUAACUGCUGAUGAUCUGCACCAACACACAAACAAGACGGUAAGCACAAAGGGGAGGGAAAGGGGAUGGCUCUCAUCGUGUGUGUCGUGCUGCGUUCGUGUAUUGUAUGUGCAGGCGUGUUUGGCCGAGCCGGGUGUGUUGGCUCAUCUGCUUAAGAUGGUCGGCCGCCACAUCCACAUGGGCAACGGCGUGACCUUCUAG